GAGAUCGGGUGAUGGUGGCAUUGAAAUAUGUAAAAUUGCCACGACUCGACUUAUUAUUCAAUGCAAAAUUUUGGUCAGAACCGAUAUAGGUCUCCCGCUUGUAGAUGAGUUGCUUGGAGUGCUCACUCGAACCCAGCAACCAAAGGACUAUCGGUAUUAUAAGAAUGCUAGACUUAUGGCUAGGAUCGCAGAAUUGGAACAGAUCGCAAAAGAAAAGGAUGAGCUCGAGAUCGAAUUAGAAAGUUCUAGAAUUUUGCAUCGUAUAUCUAAUACCACCACUUAUACACCUUUGAGUUUUGACCAAUUUUCAUAA